GUAGUGAAGUAGAUGACCUUGACAAAAUCGCUAACGAACUUGGCACUAGCAAAUCAAAUCUUCUGAACAAUGAUAUAAUAAAGGAUAUAUGUGUGAAACAAAUUAAAAUCUGGCAUUUGGAUUUUAUAGACGCAAUUCAAUUCUUUUACAAAAUAACAACAAAUGAUAAAACUUAUUCAAUUGAUGAUGGAGAGUAUAUCGCAGCAAUUUAUGGAAAAUAUGGUAAAGAGUCUCACGGUAAUAUCGAUGAAUUAAAUUUUAUAAAAUAUAUACCUUCCAAGAAGCAAGUGAAAUUCUUUACACAUUGUGGUAAAUAUAAUACUACACCAUUCGAUAUGUCAUCAGCAGCUGGUGCUGUUUAUGCCUGCUUUUUUGGAAAAUGCACAGACAAAUCUGUAACUAGCAUUGGAAUGUAUGAGGGAAAAGUGCAUUCAAUUCUAGAACAACAAGUUCAACUUCAACAGCUUUCUGGCGUAUUAUUUCCAAAUAAACCUUAUGAUUUUCUUGUUCUCAAACAAGAAAUCGCUCGUCUUAAAUAUCAAGAUCUGGCACCACAAGUCAGAAACGAAAAAAUCAAAUUUGAGGAAUUAACUACAAACAUCAAGACCAAAGCCGCUCACCUAGAAAAAGUAGUUGACUUGUUGUUAGAAACCCAAAAACAAGCUAUCAAAAGUAAUGAUCAAUUAAUCCAGGGCCAAUUAACUGCUUACAAAAAUAUCCUUGAAGGUAGCUUAACUAAAGAGGAAUUACAAAUUCUCCUUGAUAAGCAAACGGAACUUUAUCAGUUGGAAGAUCACUUGGCUAAUUUGCAAAUAGACUUGCCAUCAAAAUCAUAG